CAUCCGGGUUUCUCCUGUUUGUGUUCCGGCCGAUGGUCCCUCUUCUGUCUCCUGGCCGUCUCUCUUGCUCAGGCCCGCGUCUCGCCCACUCUUCCGACGCGCGCGAGGCUGGCGCGGGCUUCAGCGACGGGAGCGCUCGAGGGACAUGGCAACUACAGCGGCGCCGGCCGGCGGCGCCCGAAACGGAGCUGGCCCGGAAUGGGGAGGGUUCGAAGAAAACAUCCAGCACCUGUGUCUCCUUUGGGUCUUGCUGCACACGAAAAUCGGUGGAACUUGUGCUGUGCUCCGGCCGGGCCUCGGGUCUCUGGGCCUGCCCGAGGCGUUAGUGAAGGCGUACUCUUGGUUUUCCGCGGUGGGGGUUCUGCUGUGAUUGACAUGGAGAACAUGGAUGACACCUCAGGCUCCAGCUUCGAGGAUAUGGGCGAGCUGCAUCAGCGCCUACGCGAGGAAGAAGUAGAUGCCGAUGCAGCUGCUGCAGAAGAGGAGGAUGGAGAGUUCCUAGGCAUGAAAGGCUUUAAGGGACAGCUGAGCCGGCAGGUGGCUGAUCAGAUGUGGCAGGCAGGAAAGAGACAAGCCUCCAGGGCCUUCAGCUUGUAUGCUAACAUCGACAUCCUGAGACCCUACUUUGAUGUGGAGCCUGCCCAGGUGCGAAGCAGGCUCCUGGAGUCCAUGAUCCCUAUCAAGAUGGUCAGUUUCCCUCAGAAAAUCGCAGGUGAACUCUAUGGACCUCUUAUGCUGGUCUUUACGCUGGUUGCCAUCCUUCUCCAUGGGAUGAAGACAUCUGACACCAUUAUCCGGGAGGGCACCCUGAUGGGCACAGCCAUUGGCACCUGCUUCGGCUACUGGUUAGGCGUCUCGUCCUUCAUUUACUUCCUCGCUUAUCUGUGCAAUGCCCAGAUCACCAUGCUCCAGAUGUUGGCACUGCUGGGCUAUGGCCUUUUUGGGCACUGCAUUGUCCUGUUCAUCACCUAUAACAUCCACCUUCAUGCCCUCUUCUACCUCUUCUGGCUGCUGGUGGGUGGACUGUCCACCCUCCGUAUGGUGGCAGUGUUGGUUUCACGGACUGUAGGCCCCACCCAGCGGCUGCUCCUCUGUGGCACACUGGCUGCCCUGCACAUGCUCUUCCUGCUCUAUCUGCAUUUUGCCUACCACAAGGUGGUAGAGGGGAUCCUGGACACACUGGAGGGCCCCAACAUCCCACCCAUGCAGAGAGUCCCCAGGGAUGUCCCUGCCGUGCUCCCUGCCGCCCGGCUUCCUGCCACUCUGCUCAAUGCCACAGCCAAGGCUAUAGCAGUGACCCUGCAGUCACUCUGACCCCUGAAAUUCUUGGCCAGCCCUGUCACCCUCAGCCUCGAAUGGAGGAGGAUUAAAAGACAGUACUGGUGACAUGCCUUGUUGAUGGGGUCUGCAGCUGCCACUGAGCUGUAGUUGCUUAAGCACCUCCUCGACACCUGUCAGGGCUUCUGAAGGGCACAAGGCCAGGAACUCCUGGCCAGGACUACAGGGCUCUGCAGCCAGUGCAGAAAGUGGGUCAGCUCCUCUGAGGCACUCACCACCUACCCCUUCCUUCCUCUCUCUCCCCUGUUGUCUUGCUAAAUAUAGACUUGGUAAUUAAAAUACUGAUUGAAGUCU